AUGCUCAUCUCUCGUCUCUUCGGCAACACUGCCCUCGCCGUUGGCGCCCUGGGCAUGGGGUCGAUUGUGCCUGCCGAGGAUCAGACCAUCAUACCGACUGGCAGCAACAUUGAGGUUGUCAAAGGCAACGAACCCGGCAUCAGCGCCUACACGAACCUCGUCUCCCACGAUGACAUCCCCCCUCACGAUUGCAAUGACAUCCUGGGACGUGAUAUCACGCCCAAGAUCGACUGCUCCUAUUCUUGGGAGAACUGCGGCUUCGAAAACCACCUGGAGUAUCACAUCCUCAUCAACGCCAUCGGCAAGACCAGCCCCAAGUGGUGCGACAUGAUGUUUCAUAAUGUCCAGCGGUCCAUCAACUACAACAUCCGCCUCGAGUUCUGCGACCGCGCCUAUCAGUCUGACGAGAACAGCAACGGCAUGGAGGUCGUCUCACGCUGCCCAGGUCCAUCCUAA